AAAAGAACAAGGCCGGUCGGCCCCCUCUUUAUUUGAUUCUGUACUCUUCUUUGUGUUCUUCAUCAUCUCUCUCUCUAAAAUGGCAAGAUCAAAAAUAUCAGAGCCUCUGGUUCUUGGAAGAGUGAUAGGAGAUGUGGUGGAUUCCUUCACCCCAUCCAUUAAAAUGGGUAUCACUUUCAGCAACAAGCACGUCCUCAAUGGCUAUCAAUUCUUCCCUUCUUCUCUCUCCUUCAAACCCAGAGUUCAUGUUUCAGGAGAAGAUAUGAGAUCUUUGUUCACUUUGAUCAUGGUUGAUCCUGAUGUUCCUGGCCCUAGUGAUCCAUUCUUGAGAGAACACCUCCACUGGUUGGUGACUGACAUUCCAGGAACUACUGAUGCCACCUUUGGAAGAGAAGAAGUGAGCUAUGAAAUCCCAAAACCGACAAUAGGAAUACACAGGUUUGUGUUUGUUCUGUUCAAACAAAAACAUCGUUGUUCGGUAAACUCUCCAUCUUCAAGGGAUCACUUCAACACUCGAAGAUUUGCAGCUGAGAAUGAUUUGGGUCUUCCUGUUGCAGCUGUUUAUUUCAAUGCACAAAGAGGAACUGCUGCUUCAAGCAGGCGAUCAUGAUUUGAUCCAAAAAGUUCAUAAAAAACCCAUCUUUUAGAAAUGGGUUUUGCUUUUUCUUCUUCUUUUUACUGUUUGUUUGUGUUUUUAAGGGUUAGUUUUGUGAGUUUUGUUGGCUUUUUAAGUAGUUUUUGGAACGUGGAGGUGAGUUUGUUGUAUAUAGAGUGAGUGAGUGAGUUUGGAAUAUGUGUACUCGUUCGAAAUGCUUUGAAUGUGUUUGAAAAUAUGAUGCA